GAAAGUGCGAUGUCUUCUCCCAGCGCCUCCUCCAACCCUCUGAGCUCUCUGGCGCCCAAAAGGAAGACCAAGAAGAAACACUUUGUGCAGCAGAAGGUGGAGGUUUUCCGAGCCAGUGACCCCGUGCUGAGCGUGCUGAUGUGGGGAGUCAAUCACUCGAUUAAUGACCUGAGCCAGGUGCCUGUACCCGUCAUGCUGCUCCCAGACGACUUCAAAGCCAGCACUAAGAUCAAAGUCAACAACCACCUCUUCAACAAAGAGAAUCUUCCAGGACAGUUCAAAUUCAAAGACUACUGUCCACAGGUGUUCAGAAACCUACGAGAGCGCUUUGGCAUCGAGGACCAAGAUUACCAGGUUUCUUUGGCCCGCAGCUCACCACUCAAAGACGAGGAGGGGAAAUGUGUUGGACUGCUGACAUCAUACGACCGCACUUUGGUUGUGAAAGAAAUUUCCAGUGAGGAGGUAGAAGAAAUGCACAAUAUCCUGUCUGCGUAUCACCAGCACAUUGUCACUUGUCACGGCAGCACGCUGCUCCCUCAGUUCUUGGCCAUGUACAGAGUGACUGUGGAGAGCGAGGACACCUACCUGUUAGUGAUGAGGAACAUGUUCAGCCACAGACUGCACGUACACAGAAAGUACGACCUCAAGGGCUCCCUGGUGUCUCGUGAGGCGAGUUUUAAAGAGAAGGUCAAAGAAUUGCCCACUUACAAGGACGUAGACUUCAGGAAUAACAUGCAAAAAGUUUAUGUGAGCGAUGAGGAGAAAGAGAAGAUAAUGGACAAGCUCAACAGAGAUAUAGAGUUUCUUGUGCGUAUGAGGAUCACAGACUACAGCCUACUGCUAGGGAUUCACGAUGUUGAACGGGCCGAGAGGGAGGAGGAGGAGGAGAUGGUGUCUUCCCUCGAGGAGGAAGAGGAAGAUGAAAGUGACCCGGCCCCUGCUCCGGGCUCCACCUCCCCUGAAGGCAUCGCUGGCUACAUGAACUCCUUCAAACCCCUGGGUCCCGGAGAGUUCGACCCUUACGUGGACGUCUAUGCUAUUCAGAGCGCUGUGGGUGCGCCCCAGAGGGAGGUGUAUUUUAUGGGUCUGAUUGACGUGCUCACGCAGUACGACACCAAGAAGAAAGCCGCUCACGCUGCCAAGGCUGUCAAACACGGGGCAGGAGCUGAAAUCUCAACGGUUCAUCCGGAGCAGUACGCUAAACGUUUCAGAGAGUUUAUUACCAAGAUCUUUGCCUAGUUCAAGGAUUCGCCAACAUUUGUUUAACACUACAUGUCAAAUUAGCACGGAAAAUUUACUAUGUGUUUUUCGAAUACUUCCCCGUCACGUUAUUCUGCGCUGCAAAAUGGACCACACAUUUAUUCUGAAUGAAGAAUUUGCAUACAGGAUGAAGAAUGUCUUCUUGGCGACUCGUUUGCUGUUAAUGCGUUGCUUUUGUUGACACUUAAAGGUUUGGCAGACACUGCUUUCACUUUGGGUGAUGGCCAGGGAUGAAGGAUUUGUGAAAGAAAUCGUUCAAGGUGAUGCAAGUAAACUGCACUGAUAGAAAUGUAUUUUUUUAUAGAGGUCAAAGGUGAAGAUGAUGAGAAAAACAUCACAUUCAUCCAAAGUACACACAAUCUUCCUUCAGUAAGAAAUGCAGGUUGGAAGGAAGAUUUCUGAUUUGUUUUUCAUUUGUUUCCAUUAAUGACAACACUUUAUAAAAGAGAUACGUUGAUGUGAUUGUGCUAAUUGGUCAAAUCUACAUGCCUCUAUUAGGAACAAUAUAAUAUUCAUGUCUUUUCCAGUAUUGAGGUGUGUUUACACUGAUAACACGUCUUAUUGUACAUUCAAAGCAAAUUAAACAUAAACCACACAAUAUGACUGAGCACCACGCCUGAAUACUGAUGU